GUGACGCGGUUCCGGGGCCGCAGCCGAGCCCAGCCGAGCCGCGCUCUCCUCGGGCUCCUGCUCGGGCUGCUGCUCCGGCUCCCGCUCCGGCUCCACCUCCGCCUCCGCCCUGGCGGAGCGACCCUGUCCCGGGCGCGGCUCCCAGCAGCCGUGCACCGCUAGCCCCGCGCCCGCCGUGCUGCCCCGGCCCGGCGCGAUGGGGACCGCCGCCGGCCGGAGCGCCCACCUGGGGCCCGCGCCCGCCGGCCGCUCGCCGCGCUGCCUGCUCCUGCUGCAGCUGCUGCUGCUGCUCGUCGCGGCCCCGGGGGCCACGCAGGCCCAGGCCGUCGAGUUCCCCGAGCUGUGCAGUUAUACAUGGGAAGCUGUUGAUACCAAAAAUAAUAUACUUUAUAAAAUCAACGUCUGUGGAAAUGGUGCUCUUUCCCAGUGUGGGCCAUCGAGUGCUGUUUGCAUGCAUGACUUGAAGAAAAACAGCUACCGUUCAGUGGGUGACUCUCUUUUGAAAAGUGUAACCAGAUCUCUUCUGGAAUUCAACACAACAGUGAACUGUGAGCAGCAAAGCGCCAAUCACAGAGUCCAGAGUAGCAUCACCUUCCUGUGUGGGAAAACCCUGGGAACUCCUGAAUUUGUAACAGCAACAGAAUGUGUGCAUUACUUUGAGUGGAAGACCACUGCAGCCUGCAAGAAAGACAUAUUUAAAGCUAAUAAAGAGGUGCCAUGCUAUGCAUUUGAUGAGGAGCUGAGGAAGCACGAUUUAAAUCCCCUGAUCAAGAUUAGUGGUGGCUACUUGGUGGAUGACUCUGAUCCGGACACUUCUCUCUUUAUCAACGUUUGUAGAGACAUAGACUCACUGCGGGACUCCAGUCCACAGUUGCGUGGCUGUCCCUCUGGCACCGCUGCCUGCCUGGUAAGAGGAGACCAGGCGUUUGAUGUUGGCCAGCCCAAGGAGGGACUGAAGCUCGUGAGCAAGGACAGGCUUGUCCUGAGUUACAUGAAGGAAGAGGUAGGACAGCUAGACUUUUGUGAUGGUCACAGCCCAGCAGUAACUAUUACAUUUGUUUGCCCAUCACAGCGGAGAGAGGGUACCAUUCCCAAACUCACUGCUAAAUCCAAUUGCCGCUACGAAAUUGAGUGGAUUACUGAGUAUGCCUGCCACAGAGAUUACCUAGAAAGUAAAACCUGUUCUUUGAGCAGUGAGCAGCACGAUAUCGCCAUUGACCUCCGCCCACUCGCCCAGGACAGAGGUUUGCACUAUACUUCGGAUGGAAAAGAAUAUCUUUUUUAUAUGAACGUCUGUGGGGAAACUGUAGCACAGAUCUGUAAUAAGAAAGAAGCUGCAGUUUGCCAAGUGGAAAAGAGCGAUUCCACUCAAGUCAAAGUAGCAGGAAGAUACCAGAAUCAAACUCUGCGAUACUCUGACGGAGACCUCACCUUGAUAUAUUUUGGAGGCGAUGAAUGCAGCUCAGGCUUCCAGCGGAUGAGCGUCAUAAACUUUGAGUGUAAUAAAAAUGCAGGAAACAAUGGGACAGGGACUCCUGUAUUCACCGGAGAGGUGGAUUGCACCUACUUCUUCACCUGGGACACGAAGCACGCCUGUGUCAAAGAGAAGGAAGACCUCCUCUGCAGUGCCACCGACGGGAGGAAGCACUACGACCUGUCCAUGCUGGUUCGCCACUCAGAAUCGGAACAGAAUUGGGAAGCCGUGGAUGGCAGCGAGACAGAAACAGAAAAGAAGCAUUUCUUCAUUAACAUCUGUCACAGAGUGCUGCAGAAAGGCAAGGCCAUAGGCUGUCCUGAAGAUGCUGCUGUGUGCGCAGUAGAUAAGAAUAGAAGUAAAAAUCUGGGAAAAUUUGUCUCUCCUCCCACAAAAGAGAAGGGAAACAUUCAACUCUCUUAUUCAGAUGGUGAUGUUUGUGGUGUGGACCAGAAAAUAAAAACUAAUAUCACACUUGUGUGCAAGCCAGGCGAUCUGGAAAGUGCUCCAGUGUUGAGGAUGUCUGAGGACAGUGGUUGCUUCUAUGAGUUUGAGUGGCACACAGCUGCCGCCUGCGUGCUGUCCAAGACGGAGGGAGACAAUUGUACGGUCUUUGAUGCCGAGGCAGGGUUUUCUUUUGAUUUGUCACCUCUCACAAAGAAAAAUGGUGCCUAUAAAGUUGAGACGACCAAGUAUGACUUUUACAUAAAUGUUUGUGGUGCGGUGUCUGUGGACUCCUGUCAGCCAGACUCAGGAGCCUGUCAGGUAGCAAAAAGUGAUAAGAAGACUUGGAACUUGGGACUGAGUAAUGCUAAGCUUUCAUAUUAUGAUGGGAUGAUCCAGUUGAACUACAAAGAUGGUACGCCCUAUAAUAAUGAAAAGCACACACCCAGAGCCACACUCAUCACUUUCCUUUGUGAUCGAGACGCUGGAGUAGGUUUCCCUGAAUAUCAGGAAGAGGAUAAUUCUACCUACAACUUCCGGUGGUACACCAGUUACGCCUGCCCCGAGGAGCCCCUGGAGUGUGUGGUGACUGACCCCUCCACGUUGGAGCAGUAUGAUCUCUCCAGUCUAGCAAAAUCUGAAGGUGGUCGUGGAAGAAACUGGUAUGCCAUGGACCACUCUGGGCCACAUAUCACGUGGAGGAAAUACUACAUAAAUGUGUGUCGGCCCCUGAACCCUGUGCCCGGCUGUGAUCGUAAUGCUUCGGCUUGCCAGAUGAGAUAUGAGAAAGAUCAAGACUCCUUCGUCGAGGCCAUCUCCGUCAGAAACUUGGGCGUUGCCAAGACUGGGCCGGUGGUUGAGGACCGUGGCAGCCUCCUGCUGGAGUACGUGAAUGGCUCGGCCUGCACCACCAGCGACGGCAGGCGGACCCGCUACGCCACCAGGAUCCACCUCGUUUGCUCCAGGGGCAGCCUGAACACCCAUCCCAUCUUUUCUCUCAACUGGGAGUGUGUGGUCACUUUCCUGUGGAAUACAGAGGCUGCCUGUCCCAUCCAGACAAUGACUGACACAGACCAGGCUUGCUCUAUAAGAGAUCCCAACAGUGGAUUUGUGUUUAAUCUCAACCCACUAAACAGUUCUCAAGGAUACGUGGUCUCGGGCAUUGGGAAGACUUUCGUGUUUAAUAUCUGUGGCACGAUGCCGGUCUGUGGGACCGUCGAUGGAAAACCAGCUUCUGGCUGUGAGGCAGAAACCCAGAUAGAAGACCUGAAGAAUCUGAAGCCGGAAAGACCAGUUGGAUUUGAGAAAAGCCUCCAGCUGUCCACAGAGGGCUUUAUAACUCUGACCUACAAAGGGCCUCUUUCCACUGCCACAGGCACUGCUGAUGCUUUCAUCAUCCGCUUUGUUUGCAAUGAUGAUGUUUACCCAGGAACCUCAAAAUUCCUGCAUCAGUACAUCAGCUCUGGGCAGGGCAUCCGCAACACUUUCUUUGAGUUUGAAACUGCGUUAGCCUGUGUCCCUUCUCCGGUGGAUUGCCAAGUGACCGACCCAGCUGGAAACGAGUAUGAUCUCAGUGGCUUAAGCACAGUCAGGAAGCCUUGGACUGCUGUUGACACCUCAGUUGAUGGAAAAAAGAGGACUUUUUACCUGAGCGUCUGCAAUCCUCUGCCUUACAUUCCCGGGUGUGGUGGCAGUGCAGUGGGGUCCUGCUUGGUAUCAGAAGACAACAGCUGGAACCUGGGGGUGGUACAGAUCAGUCCACAAGCCGCGGCCAACGGGUCCCUGAGUAUCGUGUAUGUCAAUGGAGACAAGUGUGGGAACCAGCGCUACUCCACCAGGAUAACGUUCGAAUGUUCUCAGAUAGCGGGAUCACCAACGUUUCAGCUCUUGGAUGACUGUGAGUACGUGUUUGUCUGGAGAACGGUGGAAGCCUGUCCUGUUGUCAGAGUGGAAGGAGACAAUUGUGAGGUCAAAGACCCACGGCACGGCAAUGUGUAUGACCUGAAGCCUCUGGCCGUCAAUGACACCAUCGUGCUUGCCGGCGAGUACACCUACUACUUCCGGGUCUGUGCGAAGCUGUCCCCAGGCAUCUGCCCCACCAGUGACAGGUCCAAGGAGGUGUCAUCCUGUCAGGAAAAGCGGGGACCACAGGGAUUUCAGAAAGUGGCAGGUCUCCUUACUCAGAAGCUGACUUAUGAAAAUGGGUUGUUAAAAAUGAACUACACCGGGGGGGACACUUGCCAUAAAGUGUACCAGCGCUCUACAACCAUCUUUUUCUACUGCGACCGCAGCACCCAGAAGCCGGUAUUUCUAAAGGAGACCUCAGAUUGUUCCUACUUGUUUGAAUGGCGAACACAGUAUGCCUGCCCACCUUUCCAGGUGACCGAAUGUUCAUUCAAAGACACGGCGGGCAAUCCCUUCGACCUCUCAUCCCUGUCAAGGUACAGUGACAACUGGGAAGCCAUCACCAGGACAGGGGCCACUGAGCACUACCUCAUCAACGUUUGCAAGUCUCUGGCUCCACAGGCUGGCACUGAGCCCUGCCCUCCUGAGGCGGCAGUGUGUCUGCUGAAUGGCUCCAAGCCCUUGAACCUGGGCCAGGUGAGGGAUGGGCCGCAGUGGAGAGAUGGCAUAACCAUCCUGAAGUACGUUGACGGCGACUCGUGUCCAGACCAGAUUCGGAAAAGGUCGACCACCAUCCGAUUCACCUGCAGCGAGACCCAAACGAACUCUAGGCCCAUGUUCAUCAGUGCCGUGGAGGACUGUGAGUACACCUUCUCCUGGCCCACGGCCGCUGCUUGUCCUGUGAAGAGCAAUGUGCACGACGACUGCCAGGUCACCAACCCUAGCACAGGACACCUGUUCGAUCUGACCUCCUUAAGUGGCAGAACUGGGUUCACGGCUGCGUACAGCGAGAAGGGGCUCGUCUUCAUGAGCAUCUGCGAGGAGAAUGAGAACUGCUCUCCCGGAGUGGGGGCCUGCUUCGGACAGACCCGGAUCAGUGUGGGCAAGGCCAACAAGAGGCUGAGCUAUGUGGAUCAGGUCUUACAGCUGGUCUAUGAGGACGGCUCCCCUUGUCCCUCCAAAUCUGGCCUGAGCUACAAGAGUGUCAUCAGCUUUGUGUGCAGGCCCGAGGCCAGGCCGACCAACAGGCCCAUGCUUAUCUCACUCGACAAGCAGACUUGCACACUCUUCUUCUCGUGGCACACACCUCUGGCCUGCGAACAAGCGACGGAAUGUUCUGUGAGGAAUGGAAGCUCUAUUAUUGACUUGUCCCCUCUCAUCCACCGCACUGGUGGUUAUGAAGCAUACGACGAAAGUGAGGACGAUGACUCCGACACUGACCCUGACUUCUACAUCAACAUUUGCCAGCCGCUUAACCCUAUGCAUGGGGUGGCUUGUCCUGCUGGAUCCGCUGUAUGCAAGGUUCCCAUUGAUGGUCCCCCAAUAGAUAUUGGCCGGGUUGCAGGACCUCCAAUACUCAAUCCAGUAGCGAAUGAAAUUUACUUGAAUUUUGAAAGCAGUACACCUUGCUUAGCGGACAAGCAUUUCAACUACACCUCACUUAUUGCAUUUCACUGUAAGAGAGGCGUGAGCAUGGGCACUCCUAAGCUGCUAAGGACCAGCGAGUGUGACUUUGUGUUCGAGUGGGAGACGCCAAUCGUCUGUCCUGAUGAAGUGAGGACUGAGGGCUGCGCUCUGACGGACGAGCAGCUGCUCUACAGCUUUAACCUGUCCAGCCUUUCCACGAGCACCUUUAAGGUGACUCGAGACUCGCGCACAUACAGUGUGGGGGUGUGCACCGCGGCGGCUGGGCUGGACCAAGGAGGCUGUAAGGAUGGAGGCGUCUGUCUGCUCUCCAGGAGCAAGGGGGCGUCUUUUGGACGGCUGGCAUCCAUGACACUGGAUUACAGGCACCAGGACGAAGCAGUCAUUUUAAGUUACAUGAAUGGUGAUAGUUGCCCUCCAGAAACUGAUGCAGGUGAGCCCUGUGUCUUUCCCUUCAUAUUCAACGGGAAGAGCUACGAGGAGUGUGUGGUGGAGGGAAGAGCAAAGCUGUGGUGUAGCACAACCGCCAACUACGACAGAGACCACGAGUGGGGCUUUUGCAAACACUCAAACAGCCACCGGACGUCUACUAUUAUAUUUAAGUGCGACGAAGAUGAGGACAUUGGAAGGCCACAAGUCUUCAAUGAAGUUCGUGGGUGCGAGGUAACGUUUGAGUGGAAGACGAAAGUUGUCUGCCCUCCAAAGAAGAUGGAGUGCAAGUUCAUUCAGAAGCACAAGACCUACGACUUGCGGCUACUGUCCUCUCUCACGGGGUCCUGGACCUUCGUCCAUGAAGGAAACUCGUACUAUAUAAAUUUAUGUCAGAAAAUAUAUAAAGGGCCCCCUGACUGCCCUGAAAGAGCCAGCAUAUGCAAAAGGAGCGCAUCUGGUGACGUACAGGUCUUGGGACUUGUUCACACGCAGAAGCUGGAUGUCAUAGAUGACAGAGUUGUUGUCACUUACUCAAAAGGGUAUCCAUGUGGUGGGAAUAAGAUUGCCUCCUCCGUGAUAGAACUGACCUGUGCAAAGACGGUGGGCUCACCUGCAUUCGAGAGGUUUGACAUCGACAGCUGCACGUACUACUUCAGCUGGGACUCCCGGGCCGCCUGCGCUGUGAAGCCUCAGGAGGUGCAGAUGGUGAACGGAACCAUCACCAAUCCUAUAAAUGGCAAGAGCGUCAGCCUUGGGGAUAUUUAUUUUAAGCUAUUCCACGCCUCUGGGGACAUGAGAGCCAACGGGGACAGCUACCUGUACGAAAUCCAGCUUUCCUCCAUUACAAAAUCCACAAACCCUGCGUGCUCUGGAGCCAGUAUAUGCCAGGUUAAGCCUAAUGAUCAUCGCUUUAGUAGGAAAGUUGGAACUUCCGAUAAAACCAAGUACUACUUUCAAGACGGUGACCUUGAUGUCGUGUUUUCCUCCUCCUCUAAGUGUGGAAAAGAUAAGACCAGGUCUGUCUCUUCCACCAUCUUCUUCCACUGCGACCCUCUGGUGAAGGACGGGAUCCCCGAAUUCAGUCAUGAGACCGCCGACUGCCAGUACCUCUUCUCUUGGUACACCUCGGCCGUGUGUCCUCUGGGGGUGGGCUUUGACAGCGAGAAUGCUGAUGGAGGCGGGCAGGAGCACCAGGGGCUCUCAGAGAGGAGCCAGGCCGUCGGGGCUGUCCUCAGCCUGCUGCUGGUGGCCCUCGUGGGCUGUCUGCUGGCCCUGCUGCUCUACAAGAAGGAGAGGAGGGAGACAGUGAUGACUAAGCUAACCAAUUGCUGCAGAAGAAGUUCAAACGUGUCCUACAAAUACUCGAAGGUAAACAAGGAAGAAGAGACUGAGGAGAACGAGACAGAGUGGCUGAUGGAGGAAGUCCAGCCACCGGCGCCGACACUGGCGAAGGAGGGGCAGGAGAACGGCCACAUCACCACCAAGUCUGUGCAGGCCGAGGCCCUCAGCUCCCUGCACGGGGACGACCAGGACAGCGAGGAUGAGGUUCUGACCAUCCCAGAGGUGAAGGUUCACCCGGGCCGAGGAGCUGGGGCAGACAGCUCGCACCCGGGCGCAACCCCCCCACGGAAGGCCCCGAGGGAGCGGGAGGACGGGAGGCCGGGGCUGGUCAGAGGGGAGAAGGGGAGGAGAGGGAAGCCCAGGCCUGGACAGCCGAAGACCAGGAGCUCCACCCAGCUGGUGUCCUUCCACGAUGACAGCGACGAGGACCUCCUGCACAUCUAACUCCGCGGUGCCUGCCAGAGAGCGUGGAGCGGUGGGACAGCCAAGCACCUCCAACCAAAUAAGACUUCAACUCGACAAUGCUUCUAUAAUUUUGCCUUUAACAAAAACUGUUUCAAAAGGGAAGAGUUUUUGUGAUGGGGGAGAGGGGGAGGGAGGCCCGGCGCCGCUCCUUCCUGAUUGUUUACAGUCAUUGGAAUACGGCAUUGCUCAAAUGGCCAAAGGGCGGCACCUCGUGCCCAGGGUUUUGCCCAAGUCCUUGUGUAAGGCGUCGCUGCGUGCGCCCCUUGCUGCAGAGGGCUAUGUGCAAAAAAACCCUUGCUGCUUUAGGCCCUGUAGGGUAUUUGACCAUUAUAUUUUAGCAUUUUAAUUCUCUCCCCUAUUUAUUGACUUUGACAAUUACUCAGGUUUGCAAAAAAGGAAAAAAGAAAACAGCAGUUUCUUCUUGCGGCAGGGGGUAACGCGCCGGUUCAUCUGCUGCAAGGAGGGGAAGCUGUCGUGGGCUGGGGCAGCUGCUCACGGAAUUUUAAACUGGCAUUCGCGUGUCCCCUGGGUUGGAGUACUCCAUCUGUCUUUUCUUUUUUGCUUUCCGUUUCUUAAGGGCACACGUGUGUGCACACACACAUGCGCAUGCACAGGGUCUCCGAGUGCCUAGGUUUUGGAGGGUUCACCUGUUCUAUGCCUUUAGUCAGGAAUGGCUGCAGCUUCUUGCAUGACGCCUUCAAUCCUAGGUGGACAGAGCACAUUUGUCAGUAUUUCUUUAGCUGGCUGGUACAUUCAAACAACCCACCCAAAGAUUGAUUUUUGUGUGUGUGUGAGUUGAGUUGAGGUGUCAGAGGAAAUAACUGUUUUCUAGAUAUGGGGUGUAGGGUCUCAUCUCUUCAGGUUCUCAUGAUACCACCUUUACUGUGCUUAUUUUUUUUUAAGAAAAAAGUGUUUAUCAACCAUUCGACCUAUAAGAAGCCUUAAUUUGCACAGCGUGUACUUACGGGAAGUGCAUGAGUAAUGGCGGGCCAGGGUCUCACCCGUGGCGUUGCACGUGGGUCAAGCUCAAGGGAGGCCGAGGUUGUGACUCACAGUGUCGCAGCAUGAAGGGCAGCCCCGGGGUCUCCCAUGGCUGCCAACUCCUUUCUUGACGUGUUUAAUGGAUGACUUUUCUCGCAUUAUAGAAUUGUAUAUAGACUCAAUGGUAUUCAUAUACUGAAAAGCGAACCGCCCUACGAGAAUUCCUUGAUUUGUAUCUGGUUUGCCUGGCUUAUUUGAUUUCAACAUGAAGUGUAUUUUUUAAAAUUGAUUUUUCUCUUCAUUUUUUUCAAUCAACUUUACUGUAAUAUAAAGUAUUCAGCAAUUUCAAUAAAAGAUAAAUUAUUAA